CAACUCCUUUCCAUCCAGCAGCCGCAUAUUGAACUAAUAAACUCAAGCAAAAUGGCAUACAAGUUCGUAGCAAUACUCGCUUUCGCGUCGUUGGCCAGCGGUGGCGUCAUCCCAGUUCAUGAUGUUUAUCAUCACGCCCCUGUUGUGCACCAGGCACCAGCCCAUUAUGCUGUUCCUGCUCCAGCGUACGCACCAGCUGCUCACGGGCCUGUUGCUGUUGUUCACGCUCAUCCUCAGCCUGUUCUUGCCAAGCAAAAUGAUGAAUAUGACCCACAUCCACAAUACAAAUAUGGUUAUGAUGUGCAGGACGCACUCUCUGGCGAUUCCAAGAGUCAAACUGAGGAACGCGAUGGUGAUGUAGUUCGCGGUGAAUAUUCCUUGGUAGAUGCUGACGGUUUCAAACGAGUUGUUCAAUAUACCGCCGAUCCAGAGAAUGGUUUCAAUGCUGUUGUCAAUCGCGUCCCCUUGGAGCAGUUGAAGACUGUGGUGAAAUCCGUUCCGGUAGCAUACGCCCAGCCUGCUCCAGCCAUUGUUAAGGAGUAUGCUGCUUCAAUUUCAUAUCAUCAUUAAGUUGUAAGCACUCCGCUAUGCAAGAGUGUAUUGUUAUCAGUUGAAAAAAUUGUUGAAUAGUUUUCGAAAAAAUAAAAUAAAAU